AAAGCCUGGAACACACCAAGCCGAUGGUCGGCCGUCGGGCAGUUUUCGAGCGUCGACCGACCAAAUCUUCUCAGUGUGUUCCGCAUUGUCGGCUGAAAUUGGUUCUCGUCGGCUUUGUAAUGGCCGAUUUGACAUGUUGAAUCGGCGUCGGAGCUUGUCAGCCAGUCGGGCCAUCUGAUCAUUCUGAUUGGCUGUUCAACCAGCGAACCAGCACGCUAGGAAAAAAAACCGGAAGUGACGGAGCAUAUAAACAAUGAAGUCAACGGGGACAUAGUUGCCUCUCUCAUUUGUUUGUAUUUCUCGUGAUUAUCAUUCGUGAUUAUUUAAAGAUAUGGCUGUCUGGAACGAGGCAAGUGAAGAUGCAUUGAUCAGCAUGAUCCAGGAAAGGCCGGCCUUGUAUGACAUCACGGAAAAAUCUUAUUCCAACCGAUUGGUGAAAGCUGAAAUGUGGCGUGAGAUCGAAAAUAAACUUGUCAUAUCAGAGAAAGAGCUCAAGAAGCGGUGGGAUUCAUUGCGAACCCAGUACAUGCGAUAUAAGAAACAAGGACCCUCAGGAAGUUCUGGAUCUCAGAAGACUGGCAGGCAGCAAUGGAUCCUGAACCGCCUGCAGUUUCUACAGCCUCACACAAAAAGGAAUGAGAGCACUUCAAAUUUACCUAUCAGGGAAUCUUCGGCUGAUAGUGAUUCCUGUUCACCCUCAGAUGGUACCAACAGUGACACAUGGACUGGCACCCAUGAAGAGCCCAGCUUCAUUGAGGCGGAGCUACGGCCCAGUACACCCUUGCCUGAAUCCACGAUCUGUGGAAUGGAGUCUACAGCUGAGUCCACUGCCAUUAGACAGAAACCAAAUACUCCAAAGCCUCCGGGGAAGCGCAGGAAGAUGCAGGAUGAAUCCUCCAGUGAGGAGUCCACAUACUUGAUGCGAACCAUCGGCAAAACUCUGGAAAAGUUGGCAUCACAGGAAAACACCAAUGAUGCCAUCUCAGCUUUCUGCAAAAAUCUAGAACACAGAAUGCGGAGUUUGCCACCACAUGUACUGCCACAUUUUCAGCAUGAGGUUGAUGAUUGCAUUUUCAAAUAUUCAGUGGGCCACAACCAUUCACUGGAUGCAUCUGUCAAUCAGUAUACACACCUGUAAUGUGUUACAUUGCAAAAGUGUAAUCAUGUUUGCAGUAUAUUGUAGGUUGUACAUGUACAUUUGUAAUUUAUAUUAUAGUUGUAUUAUAGUGCUUGUACAAUUCUAUUUAGUAUUUAAAGUCUCUUCUAUUUUUUAAUUAUUUACCUUCUAGCAAAUUGUUGGGCCAUUGUUCUGAACAUUGCAAAAUAAAACACUGACUUUUAGUAAAAAGGUACUUGCAUUCACAAUUCUUUAUGUAAAAAGAGAUCACAAAAGACAUAAUUAUGUCAAAUCCUGACUUUUAUUGAGCAAAUUCCCACCAUUGUCAUGAAACACAAAAUUCUUCUGCGAGCAUAUUAGAGCAUUUGAUAAAAUAUGAUAUCAAAUAUCAGAUCCAAAAAAAAAUACAAACUGCAAAUGCAUAGAGAAGUGUUAGACGUGUGUUUGUUUGUGUGUGUGUGUGUGUGGAGGCUCUUCUGUGCUCAAAUCGUGACUAAGCAACUGAAGUUUAAAUAAAAGAGGAAGUUGAGAAUCUCGCACACAAACAACAUGCAUUUAAACCAAUGAAAAAAUAGAUACAAAUUUGUGUUUUGAAUUAGAAAAUUAUAGAUUUUAUUUCUUGAAAGUUACACAACACACACA